AUGGCCAACCUGCCGACGCUGGAUGCCAAGGUCUCCGCUAGUGGCCACGACAUUGACACAGUGCUGCCGAGCGAGUUCGUCGUGGCUGCGCGCGUCAAAUGCGCCCGGUUCGUCCCUCGCUGGGUGACCAAGCGCCGGUGGGUGGUGCUGCGCGGCUCCAAGUCGCCGAUCCUGAGCGUGUACCGCCAAGAUCCUCGACGCCUUGAGCCCGGCGCCCCGCUACGGAUGUUGCUGCUUGGAGAGGAUACCCGGAUGCGCGUAGUGGGAGAGAAGCGUCUCGUGCUCGUGAGCUCGAGGGUGCGCAAGGACGACACGCUGUCGCUGGAGUUCGAGACCGCCGAGCAGCGACAACUCGCGCUCGACACGUUGAGCCGCUGGAUCGCGCUCGCAGUGCUGCUGCAGCGACUGUCGGCCCACGAGAGCAUCGCCAAGAGCCCCAACUCGGCGGUUUACUUGUGCCACGACUGCUACGAUCCGGCAAAGCAGUUUGUGCUCAAAAGGGUGCACCGCUUUCGCUGCCGCGACGAACUUAGCCUCACUGCGCGGCUCAUGACGUUGAGUCGGGAGAACCGGGAGCUGGGGCGGUUCAUUCCUCGGUACUCCUUCUUGUUUGAAGACAACAAGGCCAAGUGUGUGACCAUUGUCAUGGACUAUUACCCUGGAGGUUCGCUUGCUGAUCGGGUCCGAGAGCGCGGACCGCUUCCUGAAGCACUUGCGUGCAACGUGCUGAUUGCACUGUGUCGAGCGCUGUCCCUGCUGCACGAACACCACGUGCUGCACUUGGAUGUCAAAGCCAGCAACAUCCUCUUCGAUGACGACCAGAGCGGCAAGUUCAGCAACUUGAAGCUUGUGGAUUUUGGCAGUGGCGCAUGUUUGGACAGCAACUCCAGUCGCAGGACCGAGCUUUCAGAGAAAAUGGCAAGUGCAGGUACUUACGGGUGCAUGGCUCCAGAACGCUUUCGAGGCUGUUGCGGUCCUGAAGCAGACGUCUAUGGCGCUGGUAUCAUGCUGUAUCACAUGCUGGCAGGGGUUAUCCCGUUUUCUGGUGCAGACACUUACCAGCUCCUGGCGCGCAAUAUGUUGGGCGAUGUGAGCUACGGGGAGAAGCAGUGGGAGCUCGUGUCACCUCAGCUGAAAGAUCUUACUGCUCGGAUGCUAGAGAAGAACCCUGCCAAAAGGAUCGCGCUCACGGAGAUACUCAAUCUGCCUUGGCUUUCUUCAGAGCCCGAGUCCAUCGAUGCCACAAUGCCCGAAAUCAUGUUAGUAUCAUCAAAAUGA